AUGGGGAUUCUGUACGCGCUGGUAGGUCGCGGAUCGGUGGUGCUGGCGGAGUUCAGCGGCACCACCACCAACGCCAGUGCAAUCGCGCGGCAGAUUCUCGAGAAGAUCCCUGGCAACAACGACACGCACGUUUCCUACUCUCAGGAUCGAUACAUCUUCCACGUUAAGCGAACCGAUGGGCUCACUGUUCUCUGCAUGGCCGACGACACCUCCGGCAGGAGACUUCCUUUCGCGUUUCUCGAGGAUAUUCAUCAGAAGUUCGUGCGAACUUACGGACGCGCUGUUCACUCAGCGCAGCCUUACGGAAUGAACGACGAGUUCUCUCGGGUUUUGAAUCAGCAGAUGGAGUAUUACUCCAGUGAUCCUAACGCCGAUAGGAUUAAUAGGCUCAAAGGUGAAAUGUCUCAGGUACGAAAUGUCAUGAUAGAAAAUAUUGACAAAGUUUUAGAUAGAGGCGAUCGGUUGGAGUUGCUAGUAGAUAAAACUGCUAAUAUGCAAGGAAAUACAUUUCGCUUCAGGAAGCAAGCUCGUCGUUUCAGAAGCACUGUUUGGUGGAGAAAUGUCAAGCUUACGAUUGCACUUAUUAUCAUCCUACUUGUGCUGGCUUAUGUUGUGCUGGCUUUUGUUUGCCAUGGACCUGCUCUGCCAUCUUGCUUUUAG